UCAGUAAGCUGAACGAUAGCAGCAGGAGGAGGAGGAGGAGAAGGACGAGCUGUGUCUCCGUUGCUCUUCCCUUUCUCUCGCCUCCUGACGGGCAUGCAGAUAAGAGUGUUUCCAGGGGGGAUGAAUUGAAAAAACAGCUCUUUAGGGGUUCGUUGGCGUAAAGAAGUGACUUUUUUGGGGAGUGUUCGGUGUAAAGCAGAGAUCUUUGUUGGUGUUUGUUAGGUUUCCAAUGGAGCGCGCUCGAAAGUUGGCGAGCCGGGGAAUUCUCCGACGCCUGAUCUCCCAGACGAAUUCGUCGGCGCCGACGCCUGCCACAACCCGCCACCUCUCCUCCCUCGCCUCGUCCUCUGUCUUCCCUACCGGCAACUCCCUCCUCCGCCCACCCGCCGCUGCCGACUCCCUGCUCCGUAAUGGCCAGUACCGCUCCAUCUCCGUCGACGCCCUCCGCCCCUCUGACACGUUCCCCCGCCGCCAUAACUCCGCCACGCCCGACGACCAGUCCACCAUGGCCGCAUCCUGCGGCUUCGGUUCUCUUGACGCCCUCAUCGAUGCCACCGUUCCCAAAUCCAUCCGCAUCCCCGACAUGAAGUUCGCAAAGUUCGACGGCGGUCUCACUGAGUCCGAGAUGAUCGCGCACAUGAGCCGCCUUGCCGCGAAGAACAAGGUCUUCAAGUCCUUCAUCGGGAUGGGCUACUACGACACCUUGGUCCCCGCCGUCAUCCUCCGGAACAUCAUGGAGAACCCGGCCUGGUACACCCAGUACACCCCCUACCAGGCCGAGAUAUCCCAGGGCCGCCUCGAGUCCCUCCUCAACUUCCAGACCAUGAUAUCCGACCUCACCGCCCUCCCCAUGUCCAACGCUUCCCUUCUCGACGAGGGCACCGCUGCCGCCGAGGCCAUGGCCAUGUGCAACAACAUCCAGAAAGGCAAAAAGAAGACCUUUUUUAUCGCCUCCAAUUGCCACCCGCAGACCAUCGACAUCUGCAAGACCAGGGCCGAGGGGUUUGAUAUCAAGGUCGCUGUCGCCAACCUCAAGGACUUUGACUACACGUCGAAUGACGUUUGUGGGGUGCUGGUUCAGUACCCUGGCACGGAAGGUGAGAUCUUGGACUACGGUGAAUUCAUCAAGAACGCCCAUGCCCACGGCGUCAAGGUUGUGAUGGCGACCGACCUGCUGGCGCUGACGGUUCUCAAGCCACCGGGCGAGCUUGGAGCCGACAUCGUCGUUGGAUCUGCUCAGAGGUUCGGGGUGCCCAUGGGCUACGGCGGUCCGCAUGCUGCGUUCCUGGCCACAUCGCAGGAGUACAAGAGGAUGAUGCCCGGUAGAAUCAUCGGGGUCAGCGUCGACUCCUCUGGCAAGCCUGCACUGCGGAUGGCGAUGCAGACCAGAGAGCAGCAUAUCAGGAGAGAUAAGGCCACCAGCAACAUCUGCACCGCCCAGGCAUUACUCGCCAACAUGGCUGCAAUGUAUGCAGUCUAUCAUGGUCCCGAAGGCCUCAAGGCUAUUGCCCAGAGGGUCCAUGGACUUUCCUACGCUUUUGCCUCUGGGCUGAAGAAGCUUGGGACGGUGACCGUUCAAGAUCUUCCAUUCUUUGAUACCGUGAAAGUUACUUGUUCUGAUUCAAAGGCAAUUGCUGAUGAGGCUUGCAAGCAUGGGAUGAACCUUCGGGUUGUUGACUCCAACACGAUAACUGUAUCUUUUGAUGAGACUACGACCUUGGAGGACGUUGAUAAGCUGUUCAAAGUCUUUGCUUGUGGCAAGCCUGUCAACUUCACCGCUGAAUCUCUAGCUCCAGAGGUCCAGAUGGCUAUCCCAAAAGGCCUCGUCAGAGGGAGCCCAUAUUUGACACAUUCAAUCUUCAACUCUUACCACACAGAGCAUGAGCUGCUACGAUACAUGUACAAAUUACAAUCCAGAGAUCUCUCUUUAUGCCACAGUAUGAUUCCUCUCGGAUCUUGCACGAUGAAACUGAAUGCUACUGUGGAGAUGAUGCCCGUGACUUGGCCGAGCUUUGCAAACCUUCACCCAUUUGCCCCUGCUGACCAGUCUCAAGGAUAUCAGGAAAUGUUCAAAGACCUUGGUGAGCUCUUGUGCACAAUCACAGGCUUUGAUUCUUUCUCAUUGCAACCAAAUGCUGGUGCUUCUGGAGAGUAUGCCGGGCUCAUGGUUAUUCGUGCUUACCAUCAAUCGAGAGGAGAUCACCAUCGGAAUGUUUGCAUCAUACCUGUGUCUGCUCAUGGUACAAAUCCUGCAAGUGCCGCUAUGUGUGGAAUGAAGAUCGUUGCUGUUGGAACUGAUUCCAAGGGUAACAUUAACAUUGAGGAACUAAGAAAAGCAGCUGAGGCACACAAGGAAAAUUUGUCUGCUUUGAUGGUUACCUACCCUUCAACGCAUGGAGUCUAUGAAGAGGGCAUUGAUGAAAUCUGCAAGAUUAUUCAUGACAAUGGUGGACAAGUUUACAUGGAUGGUGCUAACAUGAAUGCACAGGUUGGCCUUACAAGUCCAGGCUUUAUUGGAGCAGAUGUCUGCCAUCUAAACCUCCAUAAAACAUUCUGCAUCCCACAUGGUGGAGGUGGUCCUGGAAUGGGUCCCAUUGGUGUGAAGAAGCACUUGGCGCCGUUCUUGCCAUCACAUCCUGUGGUGCCUACUGGUGGGAUACCUCCCCCUGAGAAGGUCCAGCCUCUUGGUACCAUUGCUGCAGCACCUUGGGGAUCUGCACUUAUCCUGCCAAUUUCAUACACAUACAUAGCCAUGAUGGGUUCUAAGGGGUUAACUGACGCUUCAAAGAUUGCGAUCCUCAAUGCAAACUACAUGGCAAAGCGCCUAGAGAACUAUUACCCCAUUCUUUUUCGUGGAGUCAAUGGAACUGUUGCCCAUGAAUUCAUUGUUGACUUGAGGGGGUUUAAGGCGACUGCUGGUCUAGAAGCGGAAGAUGUUGCAAAACGUCUUAUUGAUUAUGGGUUCCAUGCACCAACAAUGUCUUGGCCGGUGCCAGGGACACUCAUGAUCGAACCCACAGAAAGUGAAAGCAAGGCGGAACUAGAUAGAUUCUGUGAUGCUCUUAUUUCUAUUAGGGAAGAGAUUGCGCAGAUCGAGAACGGAAAAGCUGACAUCAACAUCAAUGUCCUGAAGGGUGCUCCUCAUCCUCCAUCUCUGAUUAUGGGAGACACAUGGAGUAAACCAUACUCCAGGGAAUAUGCAGCUUUCCCUGCUGCUUGGCUCCGAGGUGCUAAAUUCUGGCCAACUACAGGACGCGUCGACAACGUGUAUGGCGAUCGUAAUCUCAUCUGCACCCUUCUUCCUGUGUCGCAAAUGGCUGAAGAAGCUGCAGCUGCUACUGCAUAAACAUAUCGUGCUCCUGCUGCAUCAACAUGGAGGAAAGUCUUUCUCUGGUGACUCUUUUAGACUGUACAUAUAUAUGUAUCGUGGGAGUGCUCGCUCCUGCAUGCCUACUGCAGCUGCCAAAAUACCUUUCUCCUCUCUGAAACAUGUUGCUUACUGCAACUUAUUCCAAGUCUAAUUCCUGCCUUUUACAAUUUAUGUUUAUUUACCAGUCAAUGAUACUCAUGAAACAUCUGCAUUAAAUUAUGUCAAAUUCUAUUUCCUUGUUCUUACUGUUUCUCAUACUAGAAAAUGAAGCUGAUUUGGUCA